CACUAUGUUCGCCGUUUCUCGCCGCUUGUGUCACACUUGCGCCUCUUGUUUCUUGCGCUCUUCGGGAGAAAACUGCACAAACUGGAAACUGCAGCACAGCAGGAAAACAACGCGGCGCCUUAUUAUUAUAAGCAGUAAUCGCUCGCUUUUAGCGCCCAAUGUGACUUUUUUUCAUGCACUUUGACUUUUAAAUAAAUCAUUACACAAAUACACGUUUUCUCAUUAUGGCGUUCGCGGUUUGUGCCCGUGCCUGAAUAUUUACCCUGCAACUGCGGCAGCUUUAAACGCCGCAACCCCGCCCACCGCACUAUCACAUGAAUCUGGACUCAACACUGGAUGUGAAAAAAAAAGUUUGGAGGUCUCGCUGAAAUCACUUUUCUUCCACGACUUUCAUACAUUUGCGUGCGUGUGUUGUGCUUUUCGCUCGAGGAGUCGGUCCCGUUGAGACUCGGCGUCGGAUCCCUGCGUUUUCCCAGCGGUGACUUGCGCCAACUUCUUAUUUUCUGCCUGCAGGAAUACACGGACUGAGGGGGGAGAACGGUCUGGCUGCUUGAAGAUUUGUCUCGACGGCGAACUUUGGCGACAUGGACGCGCAUCGCGGCGCGCCUCCGGCCGGGCAGCAGGUCGUGCACGUCCGCGGGGACUCGCAGACGGACCUGGAGGCCCUCUUCAACGCGGCGAUGAACCCCAGCAAGGAGGGCAGGCAUCCGGCCUCUCUGCCCAUGAGGAUGAGGAAGCUGCCGGACUCCUUCUUCAGGCCGCCGGAACCGCGGGGCCACUCCAGACAAGCCAGUUCGGAUGGAGGCGUGAUUGGCUCCCUCGCUCCUCAUCACGUCCGCGCCCAUUCUUCCCCGGCCUCGCUACCAGUCAACUCCCUCUCCACUCAGGCAGCAGAUGUAGCAGCCACACCGAUCAUACCUGAUGAUGCGCCACUCCCACACGGUUGGGAAAUGGCCAAAACGCCUACCGGCCAACGAUACUUUCUCAAUCAUCUGGAUAAGACUACCACUUGGCAUGACCCCCGCCUCUCCCAGCUCCAGUCGGCCGCAGCUCAGCAUCCUCCGGUCCACGCACACUCCCUCAGCAACCCGGCAAACGCCACGCAGCAAAGCAUCAGUCCAGAGACAGCAGGUCCACUGCCUGAAGGCUGGGAGCAGGCUGUGACUGCAGAUGGAGAGGUGUACUACAUCGAUCACAUAAAUAAGGCCACCACAUGGGUUGACCCGCGUCUAGCCCAGAAGAUGAACCUCAGCUUGGUAUUGCAGCAGAGGCAGGAUAAGCUGAGAUGCGAAGGCCUCCCUCCACAGUUCGCACCACAGGAGGCGGGGGGAAGGAACCAGGUGCCCGGUGGAAUGGACCACGACAGAAACUCGCAGACGCUGAUCUCGUCUCUGGAUGUGAGAAUCAGAGGCUCGAACCACGAACCGGCGCUGAACGGCGCCCACUCUCGCAAUGAGAGCACUGACAGCGGUCUGAGCGUCAGCAGUUUGCCCCGCACGUCGGACCACAUGCUGAGCCCCAUGGAUCACAUGGACACAGGUGACUCCAGCGAGCCUCCCUCCAUGGUCCUGCAGGAGUCGAUGCCCGUGCUGCCCCUGUCUGAAGGGGAGGAGGUGAUGCCCUGCAUCCCCGAGGGUCUGGGCUCAGACCUUCUGAUGGACAUGGACAUGGACAAAGACAGCCUUCUCACCUGGCUAUAGACUCGCUCAGCCGCCACCAAAACAUGGUUUGUCCUCAGAUCAGCCGACCGUGACUGAGGACGGUGGAGCAAAUGUGGUACAGAACAACAUAUUGAGAGACUACACUGCUGUCGUGUGACGGAGACCUAACACUGCCCGCUCCUAGAGGAAUGAAAUAACCUCUCACAGAAGGUGGUAAGCUGCUAAUACUCUUCUCUCCUUGGGCCUGGUUUUACAACAAUACAUUGUUUUACACUAUUCUCGUAAAUUGUGUCCCAGCUUUUUAUGAAAUUAGGAUUUUUUUUUUAUUUUGUUUUCCUUGAUUGCCUACACUUAGUAAAGUUACAUAAAUGCAUACAGUUGAGCAGCUCAUGUCUUACGAUCAGUGUUAAAAUAACAUUAAAGUAGCAAAAAAGCUAUUUAACAGUAACAAACCAUUAUCCUCUUCAUAUGUGCUACCUGUAGGCCGCCUGUUACCUGAACUAUAGGUGCACAUGCUUACAGCUGUAAAAACAUGUUCUAGGAAGCGUCUGACUUGAAAGCAACAGAUGAGACAAAUUAUUUUACCAGCAUUUUUUAUCUAUCUUAUCUUAUCUUACCCCCCCUCCAUCAAAGCUCAUGCUGCUCUGGGUGAGGACGCACCCUUGUGGUGAGCAAGAAAAGACAAAACACUAAGAAGCCUCAGUUGCGUAUUAAAUGUGUGUGUGUGAAAGUUGUGGGCCUGCUCAAAACCAGGAUUUUAGACAUUUAAAGGCUUUUUCAAAAUGAAGUUUUUGGUUUGCUCACACUGAAAAUGUCACUUUUGACAAAUCACGGAAUGUCAUGAGCAGGUAAAGCGCCACAGGCUACAGGAUUUGGCCGACUAACUUUGGACAAGAGGGGCAUAAAAACAUUUGUAGGACACAAAAUAUCACUGGAAUAUGUAGAAAAUGUCUAUGGUGCGUAAGCACGUGGUCAGUAUAAUGCAAGCCAACACAAUACAGGGUUUCCCCCAGGAAACUAGUCCUGAGACAUUGGGUCUUGUGAUUUAUAGCAGAUGGUGGCACAAAGUUAAAUGUGUGAAGUAGCACCGCUGUUCUCUCUGGUUGAGGUUAGACUUUAAUUGUGUUACAUAUACAGUUUAAUUUAUGAAAAUGUGUCUUUACCCCAGACAGUAACCUUUACACAGCCUUGAAAUAAAAACCAUGUGUUUUGAAGCCUAAAUCCAGUUUUGUUUCUACGUUUUAGCUUUUGUUGUUGUAUUGGAUUGCAUUUUAUUGUGUUCCAAUCAUUUUAUCCACUGCAGCACUGAUAUAAGCUUUAUAACGGUCAUAUUUAUUGGAAAUGUGUUUUAUUGGAUUGCAUUAUAGUGUACAGUCGUAACAUUAUUGCGUUGCUCCUUGUUUGCUGUCCCGGGGCCUGAAAUAUGUGGAAAAUAUUUAAAUCAGCCAGCACCCAAUCAAAUUUAACAUGUACCUUAGUCCAGUAUUGGCUUAUUACAUGUUGUUUUACUAAUGAUUCAUUAGAGGUUAUUUUCCAUGCAGAAUAAUCCAAGUGCAUAUAGCGCAUAUGUAUUUAGAUUUUCACAUUCAUUUAAAAUCAAUCAGCAGUUUCUUGAAACUUUUUUGACAUUACUUCUAUAAGUAUGUUUUCAGCCUUACAUUAUCAUUGUGUUGUGAUAAUGUAUAGAAUCAAAAACGAUGCACACUGAGUGAAAGGCAAGUUUCCAGAUGGUCAGAUGGUUUAAUGAUUGAGGUGUCACGACUAGCAUGAGCUUAUGAAUCACAAUUCAAAUCUAUUAAAGCUGAAGUGUUGUAGAGCUGAGGGAUCAGUGCCAUUUAAAGUAGUAUUCUGCUGCCAUUCUCCAGAGUUCCUGUCUUUGGCACAGGUACACGAGUGAGAAUGAGGAGAUCAAAACAAUUUUUGGUAAGUCACUGCAUACGUCAAGGAUUCUGUUGUGCUUCUUCAGAAAAAUGGUAAUUACAAAUAGUUGUUGGCAAGUAGGUCUGUAUGGGAAGCUCUUUAUCCUCUUUUAAACUACAUAAUAACUGUACAUAUAAUGUGUUUUUUAUUUGCUGGGUUGUCUCUGCAGUGUGUUAAAAGUUGAUCAAAGACGGAAGUCGGUGGAAGCAUUUCUCUCAACCGUGUUUUUUGUUUCGUUUUUUUUUAAUGGUUACAUAUACCGUAGUUUUCUUCACAUGUCCCUAAAUAAAGACCCAAGUCGCCUUUUUUGUAAUCAAACGUACGCUGGGCUCAGACACAAUGCACACACUACCUAGAUUUUAUUUAUCUUAGCAUGCAUUCAGCCGCUGUGAUACAUAUAAUUAUUACCUUAUUUACAGAGUUUGGAGGUAAUCUCAAAUGUUUUGUACCUUUUUUAUGCAUGUGCUUUCCAUAAAUAAAUUUCUUCCUAUUGUCACUAUAAUCAUUUUUAAGGACUUCAUCUUUAAAAUAAACCAGACAAGAAGUCA